UCCUGCACGUCAUUUUAAGAAAGUUUUAUUUUCAAAUUAUCUAAUCAAAAACGAUAGCUAAAUCAAAAUCAUUUCAAUUAAACGCUCUUUAAACUUAUACUUCUUCGAAUUGAUAACUAAAGAUAAGUUAUUAACGUUAAUGAAUGCUGAUAUUUAAUGAUAGUUUUCUUCAUUAUUUUUUCAAACAUUUUGAAUCAAGACAAUAUCUAUUAUGGAAGUGAAUUUUAUAGACAGAGGUUGGGCUUGGGUCAUAGCAUUUGCAUGCUUUUGGACACAUUUUACAGUCGCAGGAGUUAUUCUUACGUCGGGAGUUGUAUUUCCGGCAGUGGUACAUAGUUUUCAUGUUUCUAGAGAGGAAGCAUCGUGGCCUUUUACUCUUGGAAAUAUAUUUGCUUUUAUAGGAAUUAGCAUUUCUGGUUUGCUGCUGAAAAUUCUGUCCGUCCGAGUCCAAGUAGUGUCUUCAUGUUUAAUAUGCUUUUUUGGAAUUGCAUUUUCAUAUUUUUCUAAAGACAUAUAUUCCUUAAGUAUACUGUAUGGAGCACUUAACGGUUUCGGUGAAGGGUUGGUCAAUGGAUCCAGCAUAAUCCUUAUUUCUCAAUAUUUUAAUAAAUAUAAAACUAUCGCUACCGGGAUAUUGUUUGCAGGAUUAUCAGCAAGUUGCAUGAUUCUUCCACCAUUAAUAACUUAUCUUAUAGAAGAAUACGGCAUUAACGGCUGUUUCUUAUUACUUUCCGGAAUUGCUUUAAACGGUUUACCAGCGGCUUUAUUAUAUCGUUCCGCACCAAAUAUUGAAAAAGAUAUAGAUGAUGAAAAAAUAGAAUCAACUUCUAUAGACUCUAGAACUUCAGAUCAGUUUUCAUUGGUUACAAAAGAAACGGAGAAAUCAAGCAAAAUUCGAAAUGUUAUCGACGAACUAAAGCAAUGGCGACAAGUGUUUCGAUAUCCAAUGUAUUAUCUUAUUACAAUUUCGUUCGGAUUGUUUUGUUUUUGUUACUACUCUUAUCUUCUCAUCAUUGUAGAUUACGAACUAGAUCAUGGAAUUGAAGAAGAAACGUCUUCAUUUUUAAUUACAAUAUUUGCAGUGUUUGAUUUGCUUGGAAGAUUGACUAUUGGAUGGUUUAUUGAUUUUAAGUUUUUGACUUUGAGAACUGUUUCGAUCAUAAUGUUUUUGCUAUUAGGCAUUUUAUAUACCACAUUGCCUUUCUGUGUAGAUUUUCUCCCCUUAUGUUUUUCUGCUGCGUUUUCUGGUUAUGUGGAUGGAUGCAUAUUUACGAAUUGGAUCGUUUGUUUUACCGAAUAUUUGCCCUUAUCAAACCUUACAGGUGCUUUGGGAACUGGCGCUUUAUUAUUGGGUGUUAUAUCAUUAUCUCUGCCUUUUCUCAUAGGUUUCUAUAGAGACGUUUAUCAAAGUUAUGAUUUGUUAUUUUACACGUUUGGAGUGAUGCAAUGCUCGUGUGCGAUAUUUUGGAUACUCGAACCUUUUUUCUUAAAGCUUCAGAAUAAAAUUACAAACAAGGCAGCUGAACUAAAUGGCAGAAAUUGAAGAAACGGAUGUUUACUGUUAAUUUGUUUGAAAAUUAGGAAUUCAAAUAUUUACUGUUACGCGAUAUCAAAACAGAUUAUUAUAAACUACAAUUUCGUAAGAGUUCAAUUAAUUCAUAUGAGAUAUUUUAAUAACUGUGUGUGUUUAUAUUGUUUUAAGAAAUAAUUUUUGUAAAUAUUGUUUAGUUUUGUAAUAAGUGAUAUUU